GCUUGGGUGAUUUCAGAGUCAAUUAUGGAAGACGGCAUUUUGAUUUUAAGUUCAUAAAUGGAGUAUCGAAAAUACCUUACCACGGGUGCAGCAGUUCCUGCGCGAACAGCACGUCGAUGGAAAAGGUCAGCGGCAUGUUCAGGCUCCCCAAGGAGAAAAAAAGUAUGUGUUUCUGCUGUUACCCUAAGUGAUCCUGCACGCAUGUCCUGUGGUCCUGCACUCGACUCCCAUCAUCCUGGUCCUGCACUCGACUCACUUAAUCCUGAUCCUGCACUCGACUCCUGUGGUCCUGCACUGAACUCACAUGGUCCUGAUCCUGAUCCUGCACUCGACCGACAUGAUCCUGCACUCGUCUCCUGUGGUCCUGCACUGAACUCACAUGGUCCUGAUCCUGAUCCUGCACUCGACCGACAUGAUCCUGCACUCGUCUCCUGUGGUCCUGCACUGAACUCACAUGGUCCUGAUCUCACACGCGUCCCCUGUGAUCCUGCACUUGUGUCGCCUGAUACUGAUUCUGCACUCAUUAGUACUAUAUCGGUCUGUGAAGAACCUCCACUCUCAUUCAUACCACCAGUCCACCAAACCUCAACAAACACUUCCUGUGCAUAUGGGCAGGUACGGCAAACUGCUACUGUCGAGGAUACAAGAAAACAGCAUGAGUUGCUUCUUCUUGCUUUAAAACUCAAGCAUGGACUGACUGAUGAAGCUUUAGAAGACACACUUAAAGUUGUUAACGUUAUAAGUCAGAGGCAUGCUGUGUCAUCUACCAAACAUCACUUUUACAAAACUUUUGAUGACUUGAAAAGAAAUAUUCAGUUUCACUACAUAUGUGAGGGAUGCACAAUUUCUGUAAACAUUGAGGGAGAAAAAGUGGUUUGUCCUAACUGUCAAUAUUCUUGUAGAAUAGCCGAUCAUAUGAAACAGGGGCACUUCUUUAUUGUUUUUCCACUAGAAUCACAAUUAAGGAAUAUGAUGGAACAAGAGGAACUCUUCAGCCAGUUGACUAGGCCUAACAGUGCUGCUCACUCUAGUCCACUGACACAUAUCACCGAUGGUGAGCUUUACAAGAGGGUUAACAGAAAUAUUGAGGGCCAAUCUGAGCAUCACGUCAAUCUCACACUAACCUUUAGCUGUGACGGGGUACCUGUGUUUAAGAAAUCUUCUUACAGUAUUUGGCCACUUCUCUAUACAGUCAAUGAAUUACCACCUGAUUUGAGAGCAAAACAAGUGAUGUUGGCAGCCUUAUGGUUUGGUCCAUCAAAGCCAAACUGUAACACAUACUUAUCACCAUUUGUGAAAGAAUGCAAUCAAUUGCUUACUCAUGGGUUUGAGUGGAUUAGUGUAAAUGGUAUUCAUGGCCGGUCCAAAGUAUUUCCCUUGGUUGCAGUAUGUGAUUCUGUUGCGAGACCGAUGAUUCAAAAUUUUAAGCAAUUCAAUGGAGAAUUUGGAUGUUCUUACUGUUUACAAAAAGGUACAGUCGUUGAGAAGGGUCAAGGUCAUGUACGGGUCUAUCCUUUUGAGUCUGAUACUGAAAGCAGAAAUCAUGGUAGCAGCCUAGAUUUUGCUCGAGAGGCUAUAGAAAACCGCACUACUGUGAAAGGAGUGAAAGGACCGUCUAUUUUGUCCUUGAUCCCAUCAGUUGACCUGAUACAAGGUUGCGUACCUGACUACAUGCACGCCUGUCUUCUUGGUGUUGCAAGAUCUAUGACUUAUAUGUGGGUUGGAAGUGACAAUCAUGAAAAUCCAUGGUAUGUAGGAAGAUGUAUCCAAGUGAUUGAUCAAAAACUUCACCUUAUUCAACCACCCUCCUGUGUCUCCAGAGUGCCUAGAUCACUGCGAGAGAGAAACUAUUGGAAGGCGCAUGAGUGGUACAUGUGGCUUUUCUACUAUAGCAUCCCAGUGCUUAAAGGGAUCUUACCAGAGUGCUAUCUAAUCCACUGGACACGGUUUGUGAAGGCUUUGGCAUUGCUCUUAACUGAAAGUGUCACCUUGCAACAAAUUCAGGAAGCAGAUAUCAUGCUUAGGAGAUUUGUGAUGGAAAUGGGGGAUCUCUAUGGUAUACAAAACAUGUCCUAUAAUGUCCAUCUCUCUCUUCACCUUGCACAAAGUGUGCGAAACUGGGGUCCUUUAUGGGCUCAUUCAGCUUUCACAUUUGAGUCAUAUAAUCACAGCCUGCUCAAAAUGAUCAAGAGCACACAAGGGGUCCCUUUGCAGAUUGCCAAAACAUUUCAGUUACAAAAGGGUCUGCCCUUAUAUGCCAAGAAAACACUGUCAAAUGCAUCCUCUGAAUGCAUUUCAGCCUUUGAAGACUUAGUCAGUCCUACACACACCCAGAGUGCAAUAAGAUGUAAAGAGGUCAUUGCACUUGGAGGCAGACAUGAGAAAGUAAGACUUGAGCAAGAUGACUACCUUGCCCUCCACAAUGUAGCUAAUCACAUAGAGAGAGAACUUCUUGUCAGUUACCGUGACAGGGCAGUAAUUAAUGGUGAAGUUACGCACUCUAAAAGACAUUCGAGAGAGAGAAAGAGAAACUCGCAUGUUGUAGUCCUCACAGAUAACAGUAUUUUCAGUGUUGAUAAGUUUGUUGUUGCAGACUUAGUAAGUGGGGAACACUGCUAUGCCAUAGGACAUUAUUUUGAAACAAAGCGACACAGUUUUUUUGCUUCAUUGUCGAACCCACACCACUUUGUUGCUGUUGGCAAAAAGUUGGGGCAUCUGACAGCUGUUCCAGCUGCAGUUAUUCAGAGAAAGUGUCUCUUUAUGAAUCUUCCAAACCUGAAGGUUAAUUAUGUUUUUAUGUUUUUGAAUCGUAAUGAGUUGACGAAUUGAUUAAAAAAACGAAAGGGGUCAUAGAAUGCAAAACAUUUUUACCCAUGCAGACCAAAUGGUGAAAACACAUUAUUCUUUAUAGAGUUUUCGCUUGUCAAUGAAAUGCUAAAUGAUAGUUAAAAAGAAUAUUGUCUAACUCUGAAUACCUUGACAUGAAUUGUUUGUACUUGUCAAAAUGUCAUGUAAUGAAAUGCCAGUUAAUAAUAGAAAUGUUGUAUUUACUUGUCUGAAUAGUUUGAAAAGAUGAUACUUAAUGUCUGAAUACCUCAAACGCCAAUAUUUAAAAUAAUCAAAAUGUACUGUUUUAUAUAUUAUAUCUGAAUGUCUGUAGUUGUAGAUAUUGUGUC